AUGACCUACCCCCAGGCCCAGUACAGGACGGGGGCAGCAGGAACUGAACUGGGAGUGAGCCUGCGCUCCCAGCCCUUCCAGCCACCCAAGUGUCUGCAGGUGAUCAGAGAUGACUUUCCCAAAGUUGGUUCCCUGGUGGUGGGAGAGGACCUGUCUGAGGAUGGAGAGCAGAGCCGCCCCGUGUCUCCGGGAGAAGGGCUCCGGCUGCGGGGCGAGGUGGGGCAGCCCACUCCAGAAGAUGCCACCCAACCGCCAAGCCCACCCACGCGCCGGGAUCGUGAGCGCUGUUCCCUGCCCGCGGGGGUCGUGGCAGGGAUGUCACAGAGGCGGCGACAUCACAGACGCCGGCGCCCCCGGCAUCUCCACCGCCCUCCACAGCCCGCCACCAAAGAGCGCACUGGAGGCGGAGGGGCAGCAGCCACCAGCCCGCUCCCCGCCUUCCCGACAGCCUCGGUCAGCAUGGGGGUGACAGGUGCCAAUGGAUUUCCCUGCUGUGACAAGGAGUCGGUGGACAUUGUGGAUACACAGGGUGGCAUAAACCAAAACCAGUUCCAACCAAUACAAGAGGAAGAUGACAUGGAGCUGGAGAAAGAAUUGCUAGAGCUGGAGCCCCCAGACAAAGAGGUCCUGCGCCUAGACCCAGAACUGGAGCCGGAACGGAAGCCCAAGCCUUUCCCGCAGCCAGAGAUGCGCCCAGUUGUCAUGCUCAAGCCCGAGGCCAAGCUGGACACAGAGCCCAAGCUGAAGGUGGUUAACUUGGAACCCUUCAGUGAAGACCCUGAGCCACAGGGGCAUGAGACAGAGUCACUCCACCCCUACAUGGAAGGGCUAAUGCAGCAGGACAUCAGCCGAUGGAGUAUGAGGUCAAACUCCAGCUACCUGAGUACCACAGAGGAGGACCCGGUGUCCACCGACCACCGCUCCCUCUGUGUGCAGACCUCCAAACACCUCUUCUGGGCAGACAAGUUCAUCCAGGCCUCAGAACACAGCCUGCAACAGGCGAUCAGCAUGCAGCCCAUCAAGGAGAGCACAAAAGAGACCACCUGCCACCCAGACCAGCCGUCGGCCCCCAAGGACACUGUGUGCUCCAAGAAGCAGAGCCAGGCCUACAGUGCCCAGCCAGCUCCUCCAGACAAAGUCUCCCAGCAGCCUCCAAGCCCCCAGCCAUCCCCCUCCCCACAAAGCAUCAGCCUGGCAGACCUGAUCAACUUCGCAUCUUCCCUGGCCAUGGCCUCCUCCAGCAGGAUGGACUUGCCCAAUUUGGGGCAGGUGAUCAAAGCCCCGCUCCAGAUGGCCAUGACGCCUUCCACAGAGCCCACUGUGGAUCACACUGCCCAGCCCACUGUGGAAGAGCCAGAGCAGGAAAACCUCACUAAGGAUGUGCUAGAGAAGCCACCAGAGGAACCACUAGAAGCCAGGGUGCCGCAGGAUGCUUCAAAGCAGGAAGACAAGCACUUCCCUCACCCUUACCUUGACUUCAGCAAGCCAGGGUUCAAGAGGGCCACCAUCGAAGGGGAAGUGAAGUUUCUCCAGCCCCCAAACAUGUCCCCUCAGCCGCAAGGAGCUGGGAAAGAUUCAGGAGGGAGUCCAUUAUUGCUGAAAAUCCAUUUUAAGCUGUCGUCCCCCACUUCCCUAGAGAAGACUAGACAACACCAGUAA